AUGUCAGCUGCAGCGCCGGCUAGAAGCGCAUCCAAAAGUGGUGACUGGGUCGGAGCAUCUUCAGACGUGUCCAUGCUGAACGAGCGCUUGUACAACAGCCAGCGAAUUGACACAUUUCACACCCCGGCAAAGUUGGAUCCGCUAAGCCCCGUUGGAGUUUCGCCGGAGCGGCGCUCACCAUCGCCAACUGAGCGCCCCUCCUCCACCCCGCUGAGCUUUGACACGCGGGACGGCCAGUAUGGUCAUCGCUUGAUGGACCUCGUCAAUAAUUGGAAUGAGGAUACAAGGCGUAUGUUGCGGGAGGAGCUGACUCUGCACACGCGGUCAGAGCUGGCGCCGACUCCUACGCCUAUCCCGCCAGAUGACACUGCCGCAGUACAGACUCACCUGCAGACCAUCCUCGCAGAAGUACGGCAUCUUCAGCGCGAGUCCCCGGGCUGCUGUGACCACUGCGGGGCUCUGGGGCGUGUGGCUAUUGCUCAGGAGGAGUUAUCCGAGAUUGUUCGUGGACACCUGAUCCUGGAGCGAACCAGCACGCCCCAGAAUCGAAAUGCAUGCCCCACGCCAAGCACAACUGCCUCAGAUACGCAGGCAACGCUACAGAAGCUGGCAACGGAGCUCACGUCAGCUUUUGAGGAAAUGCAGAAAGCCUUGAAGGGGAGUGCAACUCUCGUGGAGGAUGCAAGGCGACUCCACGAACAGCGACCUUCGAGUCUGGACAACGAGCCAGUCUUGCAUGACCUUCAAAACGUCAAGGAGCUCAUUGGAAGUGCAGCCGGUGUUUCGCUGGCGGCAGAUGUGAGGGAUCUGAAGGAAUCCUUGCUCCUGGUGCAACAGAAAAGUGAGCAGGACUCUAAGCAUCUGCUCCAGCAGCUGGAACAUUUGUCCGACAUUGUGGCAGUGAGCUGCAAGCAGGACGACCUGCCAACUUCACAGCAAAGCCAGCGGAUGCUGGAGGGUCUCCAGCACGUGACAGAGCUGAUCAGCAUCGACCACGGAAAAGCCCGCGAGGAUGCAGCGGUGGUUCGGCAAUCAGUCUGCGUCUUGGAGGCGGAGGUUUGCCAGUUCAAGGAUUCUGUGACGAGCUCCUUGCAGCAAUCGACGGAGGAGAUGAUGCGGCGUCUGAGAGCCCUGGAAGAGAUGAUCUCAACCAACCAGCAGAAUGCCCAGCAAAAGACUGCUCUACAGUUGGAGACUGUGGAUCAGAAUGUGCAGCUGCAGUCUUCUGCGGUGGCUGCCGUCAAACAAGAUGUCCUGACGGUGAAGGAUCACGUACUCCAGUGCGAAGAGAGGCUGCAAAAGGCACCUCGACAAGCUGAUCUGACGGCAGCAGUGAGGAGAACCUUUGAGGAAAUGUCCCAGGAGUUCCACACUGAAUGCAAACAGCUGUACAUGAAGCCCAGCUUCCAGGUGAGUUUUCCUGACUCGCUGAACCAGGACCUCCGGGAGAUUAAGGACGCUGUGGAAGUGGAACGCCGGGAGCGUGAGCAGUCCACUGUUGCCUCAUCUGCGGAGUUCAGCAGCCUUGCCCAAGAGGUUCAGAAGAUGGGCCAGGGAGUCCAGGGGCUGGAGGUGACCAUCACGGAGCGGGUGAUAUCUGAAAUGCAACACGUGCAAGACAUCUUUGCCAUGCUGGAAAGCAACUUCCUGGGCGUGGUACGGAACCAGCUGGACAAGGCGACCACCGCCUUCAGCAGUACGACGUCUACUUUCAGGAGCGGCCUGAAGCGGGAGUUGGAGACCAUGAUUAAGGAUGCCACGAAGCUUCAGGCGAAGCAGCAUCCCACAAGUUAUGCUGCUGAUGAGCCCGAAGAUACGACGCAUUCCUGCAAGAUGAUCGAAGCGGUCUUUGCGUGCUUCAGCGCUUUCGAAUUCUGCUUGCUUGUUGCCAGCGCGCUGCUGGAGCUGCAGCAGACAGACCGCUUCAUUCCGGCCAUUGCCAUCGUGCUAGGCCCAUACCUGCUCAACUGCGUGGUGGUGCUGCUGUUCUUCUUUCUGCUGACCGAUGCUUUGGCCAGGUGGAUGCGGCAAAAUUGGGGCCAUGCACAGCGACUUCUCGCCUUGGCGAUCCUCAGGCCGGAUUGGCUGCGCGUCUUCAGCCUCUACGCGCCGCAGCUGCGAUGGGCACCUGGUGCCUGGGAGCAGCGCCGCUGGCAGGACGCCGUGCGCCAGCGUACGGCUCUGCUCCAGCAGGAGUGCGAUGAGCUGAAGCUCAUGGUGGACUCAGAGGUCCGGCUCAAGGACCAGCUGAUAGCAGAGCUUGGCAAGGCGGGAGGGGGUCCUGACUUCGAAGCAUGCCGCCCCGAGGUGACUGCGCUGCAUGAACCGCAUCAUGGGAUGCGCCCUCCUGCGGCUCAUGCUCAUGCUGCUCAUGCGCGUCAUUUGAGCCAGAGCCAGCAGGAGGGCAUGGUAGCUGACAGCCUCAUGUCCUCGGCGCCACUGAGGUCAACUAGUAUCCCGGGUGCUCCAGGUGCGGCUCCGCCAACUUCUCCCCUGCGGAACCGGGAGUGGGACGGAUGGCUCAGGACGCACUCUCGGCAAGAGGCCCUGCGGAGUCCGCGAGGUACCCCUGGUUCCCGACUUUCGCCGGGGAGAGGGAGCAAUGGCCAGGCCCUGAGUGUUGUGCCAUCUUCCGCGUCGCGGAAGGCCCCGCAAGGUGUGACGGCAGCGAGUCGUCGCAUUCUGCCAGAAGCAGAAAUUCUGCCUCAUUCCUGUUUGCUCUGCGGCCUGGCGCCGAUGAAUGCUCCGAAGAGAACGGCCUCCCAGUACAGCAUCUUCAUGUGUGUGACCACGCUGGCAUUUGCUCUAUACAGCGAACUUCCAAAGGUCUGGGUGACUGUGAUCUUGAUGUCGCAGUCCUGGGAGCCCGUCUCUGCCGUCUUGCGUUUGCCAAUCAUAGCCAUCAACGGCCUGUACCUGCUAUGGUCCGUGCUAUUGGUUUCGCGCCAUCUCCUCUCAUGGUUCGGCUUCAGAAGAGCAACGCCGCUCCACACUUCGCAGCCAACCAUGAUCAGAGUGAGUGCCAAUGUGUCGGCGUUGGACGACGCUGUGGUGGUGCAAUGGCAGCCUCCAGCCGUGCCUAAGCAGGGCCUGGAGCCGGACGAAUUCCUUUGCGCCAUUUACCAUGGACUUGGGGGUAACGAUCCUGAGCGCCCUUUGCAACUGCAGCGGGUGCCAGCUUCGCGGGUGGACCCAGAGACAGGAGGCUUCCAGUGUUGCUUCGCCGAUCUUUGCCCUGAAGCUGCAUAUGUGGUGCUCCUGACGGCGGCGCAUAGUGGCCUUGGACUGGGAGAGCCAGCUCGGCUUCCUUGUCGGACGCUUCCACGCGUCCUUCCAGCCAUCCCUGACAGUCUGAUCGUGAGGAGCUCCGGCCCGACCUGGGUCGAGUUGACCUGGGAAGAGCCUUGUGAGCUUCUGCUGGAGAUUUCCAGUGAGGCUUCGCGACGCACGGAGCUGGCGUGGCCUCCCGUGCACCUGGAGGGGCUGAGGCCAAACACCGAGUAUGCUGUCGCUGUGAGCACCCUUCGUGAGCAUCAUAGGCCUGUACCGAAGCUCUCCUUCGUGACCCCGCAAGAGGAUCAGCAGGGUUUUGGUAUGAUGUCAUCUGUGACCGCAGUCCUAAAAGACUUGGGAAACAUCAAGGAAUCCGUCGGGGCUAUCCAUGCGGCGGCCGCCAACGCGGAGGUUCUCCGACACCUCGGAGCCCUCCAAGACCGUUGGGCUUCUCUGCAGGUAUCAUGCCUUACAGAAGAGAUCCAGAAGCUGCUGGCAGCGAAUGAGCAGUUGAGAAAGGAUGUUUCUACGGAUCUGAAGCCCGUGCUUUCAGAACUCCAGGACAUCCACCAGACACUCUCGCGUUCUCUGCCUUGA